AUGGUGAGCAAGGAGGCGCUCCUGCGACUCGGGGAGAGUAGCCUGCCUUGGGUUCUGCGGACGUGCUCAAAGAGUGCCGGUCUACCACCGGCCAGCAGGACAGCCGGGGACCCAAAGCGAAUUCUCUCGAUCUUCGAGGAGCUCUCUAAGAAGCCCAUCUCUGUGGAGAUCCUGCACACGACAGGCAUCGGCAAGGAGGUGAACGACCGCUUCUUCAAGAACCAUGCGGACCAAGAGGUGCGGGAGCACUGCACUGAGCUCGUUCGCAAAUGGAAGGACUUUGCCUUGGGUAAGUCGGCGUCAGCAGCUCCUGCGGCCGCUGCAGCUCAGAAGAAGCCGGACUCGCCACCGCCGCGGAAGCUGGAGAAGCGGGCAGCCGAGCCGCCGGUGAAGGCCAAGAAGAUCAAAUUUUAUAUAGCAUAA